UUUUAUAUAUAAAAACGGAAAAAUUGAAAAACUCUUCUCCUGUCAAUUAGUUUCAUUUCCAAGCAAAGCAAAAGAAAGACCUUAGACUUUUCAUUAAAGCUUUAUAAAGAGAAGAAAAGAAAACAUUUCAGACUCCAAAAAAAGCGCCAUUUUCAGGACCUUUCCUUUUGGAUAAAAAAUGGGUGAUCAUCUGGUUUUAUGCGUUGACUGUCUCAUAACACCCGAAAGUUUGCAAUCAAUGCAAGAAGCUGAGGCUGCAGGAUCUUCUAGUGAGGGUUCUUCUCAAGUUGCUGAGCCACAUACUUGUGCUGUUGAUGUUGAGGAAGCGUAUGAACAUGGUUCCUCAGAAGAAGAACCACUUAUCCAGACAGUUGAAUGCCGAAUCUGUCAGGAGGAGGACAGCAUUAAGAAUUUGGAGACACCUUGUGCAUGCAGUGGCAGUUUGAAGUUUGCCCACAGGAAAUGUGUUCAGCGUUGGUGCAAUGAGAAAGGAGAUAUAACAUGUGAGAUAUGUCAUCAGCCUUACCAACCAGGAUAUACUGCGCCGCCACCUCCCCCUCAGUCAGAGGAUGAUACAAUUGAUAUCAGUGAGGGUUGGACUGUCCCUGGGGCUCCUUUGGAUUUGCGGGAUCCUCGAAUUUUAGCAAUGGCAGCUGCUGAACGCCAUCUUUUGGAGGCAGAUUAUGAUGAAUAUGCUGAUAACAAUGCCAGUGGAGCUGCAUUUUGCCGCUCUGCUGCCCUAAUUCUAAUGGCUCUUCUUCUCUUGAGGCAUGCUCUGUAUGUAACCAAUGGAGGUGCAGAUGAUGAUGCAUCUACAUUUUUCUCUCUUUUCCUCCUCCGUGCUGCUGGCUUUCUUCUCCCAUGUUACAUCAUGGCCUGGGCCAUCAGCAUACUGCAGCGCCGAAGGCAGAGACAGGAAGCAGCAGCCCUUGCAGCAACUGAAGUUGCAUUUAUGAUACAGGCAGGGCAACGUCGGGGUGUACAGUUCUCUAUUGCACCAGGACCUGCAGCCACACCUCAUCAGGAGCCACUUCAAUAAUGUGACAGUCCUUUUCCUUGGGAAGAGGCUAUGGUGGUGAAGAGUGUAGGUUAGUAAUGAAACUAUGGGUAAAUUGUCUUACUCAUUCUACUAGCAGUGAAAGAAAAUGGGGAGAUUGUGUUCCUCGCAUUUGUAAUGUUGUACUUCUAAUUGUUUUUCAGAAAACCCUGAAGAUCCUUUUUUUCCCUACUUAUUUGAAGGCAUCAAUGUCACUGUUUAUGUUUGUACAUAAAUGUUGAAUCUCAUUGCCUCAUUUUCACUGCAUGAGGAACUUGUAUUCCUGGAGUUGUUGGCACAGAAAUAUAAUUCCAAACUUUCUAGGAUA